AUGACAGAGGUUUUGCCUAGAAAUGGACAUCAGCGACAACUCUUCCUUGAUGCAGAGGACAAAACCGCUGAAGCACUCACCAAAUACCAAAACCUUCAACAAUGUACUUAUAUGAAUAAAGGCAUUGGAUGUCCGAGCAAUUCGAAACGAGGGCGAGAGUAUAUGACCUGUGACUGUGAAGAAGAUUGGGAUAGCUCUACAGAGCAGAACAUGGCAUGUGGCGAGGACUCAAACUGUAUCAAUCGAAUCACAUCUGUGGAAUGUAUCAACCGACAUUGUUCAUGUGGCGAGAAUUGUCAAAACCAACGGUUUCAAAAAAAGCAAUAUGCCGAUGUAUCUGUUUUCCAAACCGAACUAAAGGGGUAUGGUCUCAGAGCAAACACGCAGUUGCGUGAGGGGGAUUUCAUAUAUGAAUAUAUUGGGGAAGUGAUUGAUGAACCAACAUUUAGACAAAAAAUGAUUGAGUACGAUCUCAAGCAGUAUAAGCAUUUUUAUUUUAUGAUGUUGAAAAAUGAUGCAUUUAUUGACGCUACUGAGAAGGGUAGCCUUGCAAGAUUUGUGAAUCAUUCAUGUAGUCCCAACGCAUUUGUUGACAAGUGGGUUGUUGCCGAUAGAUUGAGAAUGGGAAUUUUUGCCAAGAGAGACAUUAUGGCUGGCGAGGAAAUCACAUUUGACUAUAAUGUCGACCGAUAUGGUGCUCAGUCUCAGCCAUGUUAUUGUGGUGAACCAAACUGUUUGAAAUUUAUGGGUGGAAAGACACAGACUGAUGCCGCAUUAUUGUUGCCCGAAGGUGUGAGCGAAGCUUUGGGGGUUAAUUCUAGAAUUGAAAAAGCUUGGUUGAAAGAAAACAAACAUUUAAGGUCAGAACAACAGGCUGAUGAUGCCACAAUCAAUGAGAUGUUUGUCAAGAGUCUACAAGUGGAACCAAUGGAGGACUUGGAUGUUUCAAAAGUAAUUGGUGCGUUGAUGAAGGCUCAACAGCAAUCAUUGAUCAAGAAAUUAGUUGAGAGGAUGCAUCUCACUACAGAUGAGUAUGUCAAUAAGUUGCUUGUUAAAUUCCAUGGAUACAAGACUUUAUCCAGUGUCUUGCAAGAGGUCGCCACUAGUGCUGGUGAUGCAGAUGAAAAUGCUAAAGAUGAUGGUGAUGACGAAUUAGUCAUUUGGAUAUUGGAAGUGCUUGCCAGGUGGCCUGCAAUUACAAAAAACAAGAUUUCAUCAUCACAAAUCGAGGAUGUAGUUAAAGAGGUGAAGGAAAGGAGUAAGAAUGAGGAAAUAGUUGUGCUUUGCGAAAAGUUGCUCCAGCAAUGGUCGCAGCUUGAAAUGGCGUAUCGUAUACCAAAAAUCAAAAACCCUGUUGUUACCAGUUCUGGUUUUGAUAGAAAAUCAAAGUCACCUACUAAGGAGACACUUGACGAAAGUACAGCUGAGAAGUCAAAUGGACGACCCCCAGCACCAAGUUAUAGAUUACCGGCAAAUUGGGAGACCACAUUUGAUGAAUCAUCGGGGAAAUGGUAUUUUUACAACAAGAUUACUAGAGAAACUGACUGGAACCCUCCUAAAGGUUCAGUGCCCGUGGGACCAGCAAGAGUAGGAUCGAUGCUGGGUACAUCUCGAGGUGCACGCUCUCAUGAGGGAUAUCCCAAAGGUCCAAGCUCUUAUGCAAGCCAUCCCUAUGAUAGCAAUCAUGGUCACAACCACGCUACUGGCCGUAACCACAACAAUAGCCACAAUCAUAACUACAACUCCUCAUUUCAAGAGACUAGAGGGCCACUGUUUAAGCAUAAAGAAUUGGAAAUCACACGACGAGAAGAAGAACGGAUACAGAAGGAGAGAGAGGCAAAAGCGCAGGAACUUGCAGCAAAAGAGAGACAAGUGAUGGAAAUGAUUGAACAAGCCAAAAUGGUCUCUCAAACAGUUACUCCUGAGCCGGAAAAGAAGUCGCGUCACAAGGAUAAGCGUGGCCAAUCGAGUAGUAGAUCUGAUUACAAACCAAAAGAACACAAAUCUAAAGAGCACAAAUCUAAAGAGAACUCUAUUGAAUCACAAUGGAAACGUGUAUUGGCAAAACAUAUACCAAACUUGAUCAAAAAGCACCAAGCUGAAAUAGGUAAAGAUAAUGUUAAAGGAUGUGCUAAAGAAAUUGUGAACAACUUGGCAAGACGCGAAGCUCAAAAAGAAAAUGCCAAGCUGCCACCGGAGGAAUUGGAAAAACACAAAAUAAAGAAGAUCAAGGCGUUUACCGACUCAUUUAUGGACAAAUUUUUAAUCAAGUACAGGAGGAAGCAUCAGAGUAGAAAGAGGAAGUUGGAUCAAGAUGGAAAUGGCGAAAUUGAAGGUGUUGAUGAUAUAAUGGGUGAUGCUAAUGAACUAGAAAGUCCAGUGGCAAAUGUCACGGGCGAUGGCAGUGGCGAAGUCGAUACGAGUAAAGAAGAGGCAGAAGAUAAUGAUGUUAAAAGGGUGAAAGUAUAG